GAGCAUUCUGCUCCGGGCAGUGGCAUUGUGCUCACUCACUGUCCCCCUCCCAGCUGCUGGACCCCUGUUCCUUUGUCCCAAGCUUCCUGGGGCUUCCCGUGGCGGUCCUUGCUCAUCCAGCAUCCCUGCUACUCCCAGAUCCCCUCAGCUACAGGUUGCUGCUUCCCUGUCGCCGGCAGCCAUGAGGUCCCGGCUUCUGCUUUCUGUGGCCCACCUGCCCACAAUCCGGGAGAGCUUGGAGGAGAUACUGCCUGGGGGGCCUGGGCAGGAACCCCCGGCCUCCCUCAGCCUGGAUGACUACAUGAGGUCCAUUCGUCAGCUGGCACAGCCCACCUCAGUGCUGGACGAGUCUGCAGCCAGGGCCCGACUCAGCAGACCCCACUGGCCAUUCCGGGCCAAGGAGAAGAGCUGCCCCACCGGGUCCCUACAGGACAUCAGCACCUGCUUAUGCAGCCAGCAGCCCACACUGCCUGGGGCUGGCAAUGCUGAUCCCCUGGACUGGCUCUUUGGGCAGUCCCAGGAAAAGCAGCUAAGCUGGAGGGACCCGCCAAGGAGGACUGGCUCUUCUGCUGACCCCUGGGGUCCACACAGACAGAUGGACAGCAGCAAAGCCCAGGGUGGCCCCAGAAGGAGGCUCUGUGAUGCCAGGGUACCGGGACACUCUCUGGCGAGACCAUCAAGGGACUGGCACCAGGGUUCCUGGGCCUCCGGGCAACACAACCAGGCCGCAGGCCCCCCACCGAGCUCACGCCCCAGCAGCAUCCUCAGAACUCUCUACACCCACCUCCCAGUGAUCCAUGAGCUCUGACCCUGCCCUAACCAUGGCUUCUGUAUGGAGCAAGCUGGUCGCCCCACCUCCCUCCCCUGAGAUGGGCACUGCCUCUGGCAGGUCUCUGGGAGGGAAAUGCCUUUCCACAGGGGCUGCCUGCUUUGAAAAUUCUGAGUGAGACCCCGCUCUAAUAGUGAGAACAACCUAUCUUACAUGAUGCGGUGUUACUGA